AUGGGUGGGUUGAAGAGGAAGAUUGAUACAGGGAAGAAGAUAGAUGGGAAAAAUCCACGAGCGGUUGCUUUCUCAAAACGUCGUAAGGGUCUUUUCAACAAAGCCUCAGAGCUUUGUCUUCUCUCCGACUGUCAGAUCGCGAUUAGCGACUCCGCUUUCCUCGCGGAUCAGACUCCUUCUCGGGAUGAUGAUGAUGAUGAUGAAAAGUUAGGGUUUUGGUGGGAAGAUGAGAGUGUCGCCAAUUCAGAGAAUCCGGAGGAAUUGGGUGCCGCGAUUGAUUCGAUGACGAAGAUGUUACACGAUCUCAAGGAGUUGCAAAGCAAGCAAAGGGUUCCUGUUUACGUGGAGGAGAAGGAAAAGGCUGGACCUUCUUCACACAUAACUCAUCAAAGGAACGAUCUUGUGGAAGUGGAGGAGAAGGAGAACAACAACAAUGCUUUAAGUGGAAACGUGGGUGGAUCAUGCAACCAAGGGCUUGAGGACUUUGAUCAAUUAAUUGAUUAUGCGAUUAAUUCUGAUGCCUUCAAUGACUUACCCUCCAUUGAUUCUGAUUUAUUCAGUGACUUACCCUCCAUUGAUUCACACGUAACUCAUCAGGAGCAAACCCUAAAUCAUCAACCCUGUUCUUCAAGUCUGUGCAUUGAUGUAGAUGAUGUAUCUGUGAAUGAAGAACAACAAACCCUAGCUGUGUGUGGGACCUUCGAUGUUGAUGAUCAAAUCUUUGAUCGUGAGACGAGACCUGAAGUUCUAUGGGAAAAUUUGGAGAUGGAUGAUGAUUUAACUGUGAAUCUCCAAGGGUUUCAAAACAAUAGUGAUGAAGAACAAACCUUAGCAAACAACGACGGUAUACUUGGGAGCUUCAAUGGCUGCAAUCAAGAGUUUGAUCUUGAUCAAUUAUAUGACUUUGUGACUAAAUCUGAAGAUCUCUGGAAGGAUAUGGAGAUGUAUGAUGACUGUCUCUAUUGA